UCCAUGGUAACCAUUCAAACAAAAUGCUUUUCCGUUUCCUUUGCUUUUCAAUAGUGUAAUGAGCUACAAGCUUAUUUCAUUUAUUUUAAUUUGUAUUCACUUAUAAUUUAAUUUGAUUUGUUUUGUUAGGAUUGUUAAUUUAAUACCAAAAUGAAGUUGGAACUUUGUUCUUACAGUGGCUACAAAAUCUAUCCCGGUCAUGGGAAAAAGAUGGUCAAAACUGAUGGAAAGGUUUUCACCUUUUUGAACACAAAAUGUGAAUCUUCUCAUCUAAUGAAAAGGAAUCCACGUAAGGUUACAUGGACAGUCCUUUACCGUCGUAAACAUAGGAAAGGUAUUGAAGAGGAAACUCAAAAGAAAAAGACCAGAAGGACAACCAAGUUUCAAAGGGCUUUCGUUGGAGCUUCACUCACCGACAUCAUGGCUAAAAGAAACAUGAAGCCAGAGGUGAGAAAAGCUCAAAGAGAACAAGCGAUCAGAGCUGCUAAGGAGAAACAACGAGCAACCAAAGCCAAGAAAGCGCCCCCUCCACAGACCAAGGGCAAAGGCAAGACUAAGGCUGUCAAACAACCUGCACAACAAAAACAAAGAGUUGGUGGCAAACGGUAGACAUUAACAACUUACGAUCUAAACCCUCGCUUGUUGAUAAGUUUUGUAUGGUAAAAAUUAUCACCUCUUGAUCCAAAUAAAUGAUUUAUCUGAUCUGCACUUUGAGAGCCACCAAUGAA